UCUAUCUCUUAGAACUAAAAAGAUAAAAGAAGUUAAUUGAACCCAGAUCAGAGUUAAUUCGCAUCGAUAGAAAAUGAACAUUUCUGCUUGAAUAAAUCAACAUUAUUUUUUUUAUGGAAAAAAAUUUUCAUGGAAGACGAGGCGCGAAUUCGUUGGGCGACGUUCGAUACCGCGUGAAAUGCCGAGGGAGGAGGAGGAGGAAGAGGAGGAGGAGGCCAAGUACGUGAUCGCGUAACCACGGAUGCGAGCCGUAGCCUCUCCCCCGAUCGACCCAUCGGUCACGCGUAGCAACGUGCCGAUGUGCCGUAUCGAGGCAGGUAACGAACGACUCGUUUGCGCGCAAAGUGCCGGAAUUAGAUCGUCACAGUGGUGGCUGAUGGAUCGCGAUGCCCGGGCUCGCGAGCGCGACUGGUCUCCUGUCCGCGCGGAUUCGACCGAUUCGCAGGCCGAAGCCCAAGAGCGUGGAAUUAUCGGGCUGUACCCGAGCGGCACCGUUCGCCCUUCGACCGUUUGCCGGCCUCUUUAAUCCUUAUCCUUAUGGCUGCUCGGUCCUGUGCAACCAUCCGGCGGACUGCGAGGCCAAGGAGGUGGUGCGACGCGCUAAGGACACAUGGGCGACCGAGGGAAAGGCUCUUUUGCUGCCGGAGGAAAUGGAGAUGAUACGGACGAGUCUGCUGGCGCAGGUGGGCGCAGGCGGAGGCGGCGGCGAGCUGACCGCGGCUGGAAAUGUCGGAGGUGGCGGUGACGGCGGCUGCGAUGGUUACAAUGCCGAGAUGACCGCUUCGGCGGUGCCCGAGGAGCUCUUCCGGAAAUACACGGAAACUGAUUCGCGACCUUUGACCCCGGCGCCCACGCUCGCCAGCGGACCGACAACGUUAACUGGCCGCGCGGCCCAGGAAGACUUGCCGGCGACCUGCAAUCCGCGCGAGCGCACCACCCUGGUUCUGGAUCUCCGAGCGAGCUCGCGGAACCAGCAGGUGGAAAACGAGACCUUUAGCUGGCACGCUCUUACGCUCGAACUGCCGCCGACGCCCCGAAAAAGCGAGGUAUUUGUCGGCAAGCCGGUCUCGCGACCGCAACAUUCGUUAGCGGCACCUGUGCGGGCUGGUCCCCCGUCACCUUCCUCGCCCAUCGUUGAAAAAUGCGAAAAGAGUUCGUCCCGGAACGCAGAGGAAAUGGAGGAGGAAGAGGAGGAGGAGGAGGCCGACAGCGGCAGCGAGCAGCAACCAGCAAUUACACGAAGACGGGGAAAGCGAUUGCGUAAAAGAAAGUGUAGGAGGGGCUCGACUUACGGCCAACAAACGGAAGUUCGCGAUCCGCUCGAGCCUACGAUAACGCAGGUCUCGCAGAUCGGAGACGGAUCUCGACGAUCGUCGCUUCACGUAAACCCCGGCGAGGUCGAUGGCUCGACGUCUCCCAAGAGAACGUCCGCGCAGAUGACGAGUCACACGAUGCCUCCGAGUUUCCUCGAGCCGGAAGUCUUGAAGCACUUGUGUCGAGAGCUGGAUCGUGACAAGGUGGAGGCGGAAUUCUCAAUCAAGAGACGAAUCGCCUUAGAGGAGGCAUUACGAGUGAAAGGCGACGCAUACUCGACUCUGCGCGGAUCUCGUCAAACCAGUGCCGGCCUAUCGGCGGAAAACGCUCCCCGGAUAUUCUCGCGUCAAGCGGCGCGCUUUGAACUACUCGACAGUCAUAGUCUUUGUGGAUUAACACCGCUUCAGUACCUCAGCAAACAUGCGUACGUCACGUCGGGAAGGAAACUGAUAUUCGGUCGGAUAUUUAAUAAAUUUAAUGAGGAGGCAUUGCACAGCGCGCGACGCAUUUCACCGAGCGAUGUCGAGGAGGCUCUUCGGGAAGUGAUCGGGAAGGCAUUGACGGAUGAACAGCGAUCUUAUAUGAAGUCUGUGAUAGGGGACAUAACGCAGCCGCUAGGGUUUAGGGAGUGGUGCGGACUGUGCGCCGUCGUCGAAAGACUGCUGUGUCCUCUGCCGUCGAGGGAGAGCGAUCCGCCAACGUGGCUCGAGAGAACGGACUUCGAGGCUCUGGAACGAAGACUCAAGUCAGCCGGUUCGGUGGACUUCACGCUGGCGUCGUUGCUGAAGGAGAUUCGUGAUAGAUAAAAUAUAACGUGUUUCUUAUUAUACAUACUCUUUUUUUUAUCACAGUGAUCACUAGUUAUAAUGUUCGUAUCGUGUAAAUCUUACGAUGAGUUUAAUAUUUUAUAAUUAUUUGAUGUAACCCUAGAAAAUAAAACCUUUUUUUUCACGUUCUACAAACGAUCCCUAUGCGUAUAUAUAUAUAUAUGUAUAUAUUUUGACAAAAAGUGCGCAGCGGAUAUGAGUAGUAAUUGGAUACUUCAAGCAAACACGCGUACAUGAGUAUUAAUUCAUUUAUAAAUCACGAAUGAAAUUACUACUUGCUGUUUGAUUAAUAAACGUGAUUA